AUGGGAGGAGGGGGUACCCAAGGUGAAUCCUCGGGACACCCGGACGAGAAGCCGACAGGAUGCGUGGGUCCCGCCGACACCAAGCACGGGUCCGCCAACACCGGCGACGAAGGCAACGACGGGGGAGGCGGAGUCGCUGGAGAAGGGACCGUGGGUGUGGCCCGAGCCACCGACCACCCAAAGACCUCAGUUGCAGCGUCAAACUUCGACGCCCGGAUCGACGCGCCCGCGGCCGCAGUUCAUGCGGCACUCCGCGGACGAGAGUCUAGCCACGCCGCGAGCACACACCCCGCUGGUACCCUCCGCGACUACGAAGCCACCCACACCGUCGGCAUCCAACGCCGUAAGCCCCCGCUUUCAACGGUAACAUGGGUGUUACCUGUAUAUCAUAUCGGAGGAAGCACGAACUCGACGCAAUCCUACUCGACCUUGGCCUCGAACGCACUGGUACGGUCGAAGAGCAACCAUCCCGGCUCUACGGCACCCGGACUCCCCGACGCGGUCCAGACACGGCUUGGAGAAAUGGAGCUUAAGUAUGGAAAUUCCCCAUCCGGGGACUCCAAGCCAUCGUCGCCGUUACCUCCGGACCUCGAGUCGAGCGCCGACACGGCAUCUACGCACACGAUUGCACCGGCAGCGGGCCGCACCCUAACGGUGCCACAAUACGUCGCCAGCACCAGGACCACGCAGGCCACCAGGAUCACCUCGCGGCACAACCUCCCAGUUCGACGAGGCAGUGUGCUAUAUAGCAGCAGGAGAGCCACGACGAAGCCGUCCCACGGACGUAGCCAGAGCGGCAGAAGAUCCACGACGAAGCCGUCCCACAGACACCGUCAGAGCAGCAGGAGAACUACGGCGAAGCCGCCCCACGAGAGCAAUCCCAACAUAGACAAGACAGCUCCACAAGGACCGCAAGAAAACCAUCAACAAACCGCUCCUAGAGCACGUACAGAGAACCGCCAGCGCACAACCCCACGGGCACCGCCCGGUAACCACAAGGCGCCUCCAAAUCGCGGGAACCCGCAGCUCCAAUCAAUGACGCAGAACUGGGAGCAACCCCGACCUGGGCCACCGCGUUACCCGCUCCUGACGCAUCAGCCGUCCAGCGGAAUCCUUUUCGCCGCGCGGCAAGGAGAGUUCGAUUUCAGGAUUCAAGUGAUCCGGAAACAUCGGGGACCACGAGCGCUCCACUGUGCGGAAGCGCCAGCGCCGAAUUCACCACGGGAUGAAAACGACGACGACCACGACAGGGACCAUGACUCAGAACGAAUCGGCGGAACCACAAACGACCAGGAUGACCACCACAGUCGUGCCGCGGCCGAGAAGACCAAGGUGUCUUGGGGCCACUUGCUGAUGAGCGCACUCGUUCAACCUAAAAAUCCGCUUAUCAAGAGUCCAUUUCAAGAUACACCAGAGGAGGAGAGUUUGAUAAUGCCACGACCGACAUCGAACCGUAAACGUAGUUACCAGCAUGAUCGACGAUCCGCCAACGCGCGACGAUCCACGGAGACACACAUAAGGAAACCACCGACCACUUUAACAGCCGCCGGCCAUGACGAGGCCCCAAAGGCCGUCAUCGGGCAAUCACCGCCACCGCUCGUCGCGAUCGCUGCCGGGAUUGUAUCUUGGCCACCACCGACCACGGCCGCAACCCACACGCACAGCGAAGCACCAUCGAGCGCAGCCCCGUAUCUACCAACGUCGCCGAAACCCCAGGCAUCACCACCGGCUCCAGCCACGACGCCGUUCCCGGGACUAACGCCGUUAUGCCCGGCACUACAAACACAUCCACGGCCGGAGCAAUCAAUCCCAGGACUGGCAACGAAGGCAACCUCAUGGUCGUCGGAAUCACCGAUCAUCAUCGAUCGCGCCCAGGUCGUUACCGACACUGCCUCGUCCGGCUGCGCCACAAUCAGCGCAGACAAGUCAUCUAGGGUCCCGAGCACACCCACCUGUUCUCGGCCAACCGGCGUCGCCCACCACAACGAGAGCGCAGAAAGAGCACGGGGUCACAGCGCCUAUAAGCACAUGGUGCAACAACUACUCAAGUCCCCAGAAGGACCCACCACAACUGUCGCUGCUCAGAGGCUAUCUGCCUCCUCGACAAGCUCACCCCCACCAGGCGGGGCCAUUAUGGCCCGACUCGAAAGAAGUCUUCAUCCGUUAUCUUGUCUGUGUUGA